GAGCACAGCGGGGAUCCUGAGCCAGCAACACCGGCGCGCACGGAGAGCCCGGACCGAAGCCGGUACCGGUGUUCUUGGAGAGCCCCAGCGGAGCCAUCCCGGUGCGCACGGAGAGCUCGGACCGGAGCCGGUACCGGUGGCCUUGGAGAGCCCAAAGCGGAGCCAUCCCGGUGCGCACGGAGAGCCCGAUCGGAUCCACCCCGGUGCCCACGGAGAGCCCGAAUCGGAGCCGGUACCGGUGCGCACGGAGAGCCCGAUCGCCCUGGUAACCGAGAGUUUCGGAGACACCGACCGGCCCCAUCCCGGUGCGCGCGGAUUGCUCGGACCGGCCGCAUCCCGGUGCGCACGGAGACCGCCCCCCCCCCGCCCUCCGGUCCCUCCCCGGUGUUCCCGGAGCUCCGAACCAGCCCGGUGCCGGUGCCACCCCGGUGGCUGUCGCGCCAUGCGCCCUGCAGCGCUCCCACUGCUCCUGUGCGCCGUGAACAUGCUCGCAGGGCGGCUGCACGCUUCCUUCGAGGUGUUCAUCGAGCCGCCGGUGCUGGUGGUGGAGCACGGCGGGGCGGUGCGCCUCAAGUGCAGGACCACGUGCCAGGACCCCAGCACCACGGGCGAUGUGGAGACGUCGUUCUUCAAGCACAGGCUCGAGGCGACGGGGCCGGGCGAGACGGUGGUGGAGCUGCGUAACAUCACCGAGUGGAGCUCCACCAUCCUCUGCUUCUACUCCUGCAACAAGCAGAGGAAGACGGUGUCGGCCACCCUCAUCGCUUACCGUCCCCUGGAGCAGGCGGUGCUGGAGCCGGUGCCGCAGCUGGCGGUGGGCGAGAGCCACGAGCUGGUGUGCCACGUGCCCCGUGUGGCGCCCGUCCGGAACCUGACGGUGAUCCUACGCCGCGGUGCCACCACCCUGCACACCGCCACCUUCAAGCACAGAGCUGAGAACGAGCCGCAGGACGUGGCGGUGACGCACACGGUGACAGCGCAGCGCGGGGACCAGGGGCAGAACAUCACCUGCCAGGCGCUGCUCGACCUGCAGCUCAGCAACGUCCACUUCAACACCACCUCCUCCCCGCAGGUGCUGGACGUCUACGAUUUCCCUGAGGAUCCCCAGCUGGAGAUGGGCGAGAUCUACCUGGAGACGGAUGAGAAGCUCAACGUCUCCUGCAGCGUCCGGCACGUCUUCCCGGCGGCGCGCUUCGAGCUUUCCCUGGCCGGCCUCCCGCUGCCGUUCCACGUCACCGAGGACGGGCUCCGCGCGGUGGCCGAGGUGUCCCAUGCUCAGCAGGGACAAUUCGGGCUGGUUUGCAGCGUGAGGGUGGGACCCAAGGAGCGGCAGCAGCAGGCGUUGGUCCACGUCUACAGUAACCCCCAGCCGCAGCUGAACAUCAGCACCAGUGUCCCCAUGGAGGGGACGGAGGUGACCGGGCGCUGCCUCCUGCCACCCGGGCACUCCCCGGAGCUGCAGCUGCAGGUGACAGCGGGUCCCCGCGUCCUGGCCACCUGGGGACCGUCCCCGCUGGCCUUUGCAUGGACAGCCCUGGAGGAGGACGACGGCACCGAGGUGGUCUGCGAGGCCAGGAUGCGUGCAGGCAACAUACCCACAAAAAGGAGCACGCCCGUGGGGCUCAGCGUCACUGCCCUGCCCAGAAUGGAUGAUGGGAGCUGCCCCCCCAGCCAGAACUGGACGGAAGGCGAGGAGGUGACACUGCGGUGCCAGGCGCGGGGCAACCCCCGGCCCCAUGUGGCUUGUGACAAGGACGGGACCUCCGUCACCCCCGGGCUGCGGCACGUGGCCACCCGUACCCACACCGGCACUUACCGGUGCCGGGCCAGCAACGCGCUGGGCACGGCCGAGCGCAGCGUCACCGUGUGGGUGCAGUACCACGACAUCAACGUGGGGCUCAUUGUGUCCUUGUUGCUGGUGGCACUGGGCGUCCUGGUCAUCUCCGGCGUUGUUUACGGCAUCUACUACCGCAAGAAGAAGAUGCGCGAGUACCAGCUGCAGAAGAAGCAGCGGCUCAUGGAGAUGGAGCAGCGGCGCUCGGAGGAGACGGUCGCCAUCAACGGCUCGGCACCGGGGAGCCAGCCGUAGCCGCGCCGCUGCCAGAGCCGCCGCAGGGAGCGGGCUGAGGGGCACCUCCGGGUGCCAAGGGGCCGUGGUGGCACCGGGUGCCAGCGGGGAGCACCCGGCGGGACCUCGCGGAGGGGGCGACGCCGGGCGAGGCCAACACUACACGGGGGCGGCCGCCGUGGCCGAUGUCACCGCGGGAUGGUGACAGCCCGAGGACGGACCCGCAGUGCCAAGGGAAGUGGGCGCGGUUUGGGGUCGAGCGGUGACGUUCUGCGGGACGAAGGCGCUCCUCAUCCUCCUCGUGUUGGAGCCCAAGAACCGUGGGGGUUUCCCAGUGCUUGCUGCCCGCCCUGGGCUGGCCCGGGGCUUUGGCAGGAGCUGCUGCUGAGGAGGAGGAGGAGGAAGAUGAAGGUGCUCGGAGCGCCGUUUGUAUGCAUUGCACAAAUAAAGGCUGGGGGUGAUGACGAGGGGACCCCCCCCCCCCCCCCGCUGUGUUUCUGCCCAAA